UGUUCGCGAUUGUCCGGUCCAAUCAUAGCGCGCAGGUGAAAGGAACGGAACGAACGGGAAAAACUAUCGAUCGAGAGAUUCCGCACCCGCAGCUUCCCACCGUAACGAUCGCGUCCGAUCGGUGCGUAUGCACCGGGCACCUGAAACCGAAACAUCAACCCCAUUCGUGUGCCAUUUCAUUUUCUAUCGUUUUUCAUCCGAAUUCGUUUGUAAUAAGCCUUGCGGAACCUAAACUAUCUCCUACUAGUUCGAACAGGGGAAAGAGAGAAAAACCGUGCGUCUACGAACGAGGAAAACGAACGAAAGCAAAACAAACCAAAAACCCCUGCAAUGAAGAAAGAUGGAGCCCAGGUAACCCAACAGGAGGGGGUUCGUGGUUUUGGAUGUAUUUUUUUUUUGUUUAGUUUUCGCACGAGCAGGACGAACCGCACCGCAUGGCGCUGUGAGCGGUUUCUGUGGCGGUAUCUAUAAAAAUGCGCCCGAUCGAAGUCGGAAGGCAGCAUUGGCAAUUUGUCGGUUCGAUUGUUAGGACGGCGUGUUAGUAGUUCCUCGUCUUUUUUGGUGUGGCUUUUUAUUUGGUGUGAUUUUUUCGUGAAUUUUUACAAGCAGUUUUUCACCAUUGUGCAGCAGUGUUGCAGUUUUGUUAAGCAUUAAACAUCGUUUGUUGUUCCUAAUUACACCGACUAGUGUGCAUUUCCUGUAGUGCUGUUGGGUUUGUGUUAUAUCCUCAUUCUCUUUCUUUCGUUGAUCGGAAUAUUCAAAUCGUAGCCGGUUUGAGGUGAAGAAAAACUAGUGAUUGAAAGUGUUUUAUUGCAAAGCAUUGCUGUGUGACUGGUGGUUAAACAACGUGUUGAAAUCUUCUUUACGAGAAGCAAUUUCAUUUGUGCUUCCACCGACAACGACGACGACAGGCAACGAAGAUGAAGUCCGUUAACAUCACCCUCACUGUUGGUUUGGUGCUUUGCCUGUUUGCCAUCGAUGGUAUCACGGCACGGUCUGGUGCAGACCGUAAGAAGGACUACGAUUACGAGUACGAGACGGGACUUUCCAGCUCAGGUGGAGGAGGAGGCUACAGCAGUUCGGGUAGCAGCUACACGCCCAAAUCGGGCUACAGUGCCGGCAGUGGGUUGCGUUCCAUUGCCCAAGGUUCAGCCGAUCAGGCUAACUCGGCCGUAGCGAAUCAGCAUGCCGCAGCCAAACAGGCUGCGUACGUUGCCCAGAACACGCUCGCUCAGGCCGCUUCACAGGCGGCCGCAACUGCUCAGGCCGCACUCGCCGGCAAGCACGUGCUGCUCCAGGGUCUCGAGCAGCAAAGUCUCGAAGCACAUCAGGCGCUCGAUGCGGAGAUACAGCAGCUGCAGCAAGCGAAACGUUCCGCUAAAGCAGCUCAGCACGCCGCCCAACAAGCCCUGAACCAUGUGCAGGUGUUGCAGUCCGCGCUAAACAAUGCUCAAGUAGCAGCCGAACACGCGCAACAGAGUGCGAGCGAAGCGGCAGCAGAAUUGGCCUCCCAGACGCAGAUGGUCGGUUCGGCGAAACAGCGAGUGGAAGCGCUCGAGGAGCAGCUCAAUUCGGCCCGCGUUGACUUUGAAGCUACGCAGGAAGCCGCCCAUAAGGCGGCCGCCUCGGCCCAAGAAGCGCAGAACAAUGCGGCCGAAGCGGCGGCUCACGCAGCCAUUCCGCUCGUACAUGUGGCUCAAUCGAUCUCGGACGGACAUGGACUCGGCAACAGCCACACACUGCAGGCGAAGAUCGGUAAGGUGGGUGGCAAGCAGCAACAUCACGCAUCGUCCGAGGAUGAGAUUAACAGUGGCGAGAUUGAGGUGGCAGCAAACCACAACUAUGGUGACUUUAAACCAUCCCAGCAGACGUUCAGCUUUGCUGGAUACUAAUGCGUAUCUGGUCUUGAGUCAGGCAUCUGCUCCAUACAUCCACCAUCUCAUUCACUAUUAUCACGCUGUUCCGCAGUGCAGCAAAGAUCUAUGUUUUAAUAGACCCACAUACGAACACAAACACACAUACACGCAAAUCCACGAAUGUACGCAGCUUCGAAGACAUGAAGGAGGCAAAAGCAGAAGCGGGGACGAGAUUGCAUCCAACAACUUCCCAAGAUCAGUGUCAAUGCGCGCCAGUGCACGCGCGCGCACAUUCAGAUGAAAGUGAAAUCGAUCGAUCCGCCGAUCAUGUGGUACGAGCGGUUGAAAGCGGAACUACAUUGGAGGCUCCAUUGCAACAAGCAUCAAAUACCGUAAUCCCGGAAGAUGAAGACUUUCACGGUCCCCACGCUACAUUGCAUUGCCAAAAGCCGGUUUUCGCAAUGAUCGCAUUGACGAAGGGCGUAGAGAGAACGAGUAACGCAGGGGAAGGAGAAGGGUGAGGUAAGUUUUUCCUGCUCCUCCGGUUCAUAUUCCGUCCCAACCGGUAGUGCUUCGAACUAUAUGAAAGACUACUAAACUAAAUGAAAGAAUGAACGAACGAACCGACCGAACCGACAGAUAUAGAGACAGAGAGACACGUGAUCGCAAAGUUUGUAUUUAUUUAUGUAACUAUCUAGGACGCGAGGAGGCUAGACAAAAACAAAACAAUCUGAGUGAACGUUUGAAAGACACUCUUUAGAAUGUAGUUAAUAUUGGUUGUGUUUUCUUUCUUUGUUUCGUUCUCUUCUACUACUUUUACUACUAUUACUAAUUUUGCUACUGAGUUUUUUUUGUUGUUGUACAGUUAAGCUGAUUGUGAAGAUUUAUGUAAUAAAAACGUGAAGGAAUAGUACAUGUAAUUAAUUAUUGUUCUGCAGAUGGUUUAAAUGAUCGUUUAUCGAUGACAUGUUGGUAUAUAAUAACAUUCAUACUUUUUUUUUUAUUACAUUGAAAUAUCUCAACAAAAGGUUUAAUCGUAUCCAUCAAUGAUAACAACUGAUAACGGCGCAAGCUAGAAAGAAAAAUUGCCAAAUGAUGCGUGUGAAAAAUUAAAAGGUUUCUUUUCCCUUCAUUCGAUAUGCUCAUACUGUCCAAUAAUCAAUAGGAAAAGAUCAUGAAUAAUAAUCAAUGGUAACAUGCGAAAAAAGAAUAGCUAUAUGAUCAACUGAAAUGGCUAGUCGGCUGGAAGAUAGAACUAAGUGUUACUUCCCUCCAUGGAUGCUCUCUUGAAGUUGAGGAUAGAGAUGAGAAUAACAACACUUUUUAGUGAGUCAACUCAGUGUGAAUGAGUCGUUAUAAGGAGUUAGCUCGUUUAACGACUCAUUUUGGAGUUAUAAAAAAACCGGCAUAAAUCUCCUAA